GCGGACCUCGUCAGCAGACCACGUCAGCAAACCACAUCAGCGGACCACAUCAGCAGGCCACGUCAACAGGGAGUGCCACGUCAGCCACCUGGGCCUGUUUAUGCUGACGCGCUCGCAGACAGCCGUCAUGGACCAGAAACCGGGGGAAACGGCGGAGGCAUAUCAGGACCGCAUGCUGGCUUUGAUCAUAGAAGCCAAGCAGCGGGCGGAUGCAGUAGCAGCCGUAGAGAAGAAGAAGGCGGAGGAUGCCGAGSAGGCACRACUGCUAGCUCUUGAACARYAGCGUCUGCAGGCCGAGGCAGCAGCRAAGGMUGCAGAUGAAGAACGAUUGAAGCGGCGUGAGAAGAUUUUCAGCGGGGAGCAAGCAUUACUCACAUUGGCAGCGGAAUGGCGAACUGAGGCGGAGACAGGGAAGAUGGAGGAGAGCGAGACCAAGAUUGCCCUCCUCCUCUCCCAUCUCACGGACCUCCUGGCGACAUGCAUCGCGCAGCAGGAGGACAUUCACAACCUCGAUGUCGAAGUCAAGAGUGUUCGCAGCCGCGUACAACAACUGGAGCAACGACCAGCCGCCGCCCUUGUGGCAAGCUCCUCCAAUACAUUAGACCGCCUGGACGCAUUGGAGACUGACGUCAGCACACUCAAGGACGGCGCACGACUACAACAAACCGCUACUCAACAAUUGGAGCAGCGGGUCUGUGCUGCCGCCGCCAGCCCGAGUUCGGGACAGCGCGAGUCAACUCCCAAGUUUUACGGUCAGGAGAUCUUCUGCGAUUCAACAAAGACGGAUCCAGUUCCAUGGUUCCGCAAGUUUGAACUCACGUUGCAGCUGCACCUCGUCAGCGAAUGCAAGCACCACGCGUACUUGUACUCCCGGUCGGGAGGCGCAUGCCAGGCAUGGCUGGACAAUCUCUUGUCCCAGUACGGGGUGGUCGCUGCCGAGUUACACACGAAGAUCAGUUGGGAAGACCUCAAGGUGGCGUGGCACAAGCGGUUCCAAGUGGAGCCGCCGGAGAUCAAGGCCAUGGACAAGCUCAUGACCUUCGAGCAAGGCUCGCUGCCAAACGUCGACUGGAUUGCCGAGUACCAACGCUUGACAUCCAUCCCAGGUCUGCCGAUGGGCUUCAAAGCCAUCAAGCACUACUUCAUUUCGAGGUCGUGCCCGACGUUGAGCAACGCCUUGACACAUGUCGAGGACACACUGACAACGACAGCGCAACUGUUCGACAAGGCCGCACAGAUUAUCAUCACGAACAAGGAGGCGAAGAACCUCACUCGUGCUGCGGCAGGCCCGAGCAAGGACCAGCAUCGGCCCAAGGUGGCCGUGGUUGCGGCGGCAUCGCCAAGCAGCCAAUCUAGAGAGGCGGAGUCUACCAAUGAAGGAGACAGACUCGCAGCUGCUCGGGAUGACAGCGGGCUUCCCUACCAAGGGGAAGGGCAAGCAGGGAAACUGAGCGCCGCCGAGAGUGAGUCGACGACACUCUCGACGCCUUCGAAACCGGUUUCUUCGCGAGGGACCGGCCUUCAUUUCGGGGCACAUGCGGAAGUCGACAGUCCUCUUCUCUAUUCUUUUGAGGACUAUGCUGCCUGGCUUGUUCCGGCGCUGGGAUUUUUUGCUAAAGGACAAGACGUGUGUGCGGCAUCUUCUCCGUCCGACAACGGUUCUUCUUCGUCUUCAAGUGGUUCUUCACGGGAUUCGGCGCGUGGGUUCAACAUAGAGGAAUUGGACCCACUCAAGUCUGGGGAUUUCGCAUGGCUUCCUCUCCCGACCACGGGCCGCUUACCGGGACCGCAAUGCGCAACACUCUGUGCCCAUCUUCACAAGUACUUGUCCUUUUAUGCACCACCAACUUCGCCGAUGGAUGACGAGGUCGCGGUGGGGGAGAUCUUGGCAUAUGUUACCAAGGUGGCCCGCGAGUUUCGCACGCAGCGGUACGACGACAAUAAUGCACCGUUGAUGUAUGUCCGCAUCCAAGUUGGGCAGGCGUCCUGCAGCGCUUUGCUGGAUAGCGGCGCGACUCGCAACUUCAUGAGCCAAGCUUUUAUGCAAAGGGCUGGCCUCGGCGUGCAGGUUCGGAGGAAGGCAAACCCGACGGCGAUCAAGUUGGCGGAUGGAAAGACGCAGCAACUUCUCGACCGUUACAUCGAGGCCAUACCGGUGUACUUCGCACCUCAUGCAUGCGAACCGGUCACGUUGGCUUGCAAGUGCGGAUCACACGGGCCUCUCCCUCGUAUCGACGAUCUUCUUGAGCGACUGGGCGGUGCUAAGUUCUUUUCCAAGUUUGACUUGAAGUCGGGGUAUCAUCAGAUUUCGAUACGCCCGAAUGAUUGCUACAAGACCGCAUUCAAGACGCGGUAUGGGCAUUUUGAGUGGGUGGUCAUUCCUUUUGGCCCCACCAAUGCCCCGGCAACCUUCCAGGCGGCCAUGACCCACGAGUUCCGUGCUAUGUUGGAUCGGUUCGUGUUGGUCUACCUAGACGACAUUCUCGUCUACAGCCCGACUCUGGAGGACCAUCUUGAGCAUCUUCCACGUGUGUUGGAGACGCUCCGCCGUGCCAAGUACCAAGCCAACCGCGACAAGUGCGAGUUUGUCCGGCAAGAGCUUGAGUACUUGGGCCAUUUUGUCACACCAGAGGGCAUCAGCCCGCUAUCGGAGAAAAUUCAAGCCAUCCAGGAGAGGCCGGAGCCGCGUAACGUCACGGAUGUCCGUUCGUUUCUUGGUCUUGCCGGCUACUAUCAGCGCUUCAUCAAGGGCUAUUCGAAGAUUGCGGCCCACUUGACCAAGCUUCAAUGCGAGGAUCGGCCGUUUGACUUCGACGAGGAUGCGCGGGAAUCUUUCAUUGCUCUCAAAGUUGCACUUUUGUCAGCGGAGGUCUUGCGAAUCUACGACCCGCUAUUGCCCACACGCGUCACUACUGAUGUGUCCGGCUAUGGUAUUGGCGCUGUCCUCGAGCAACACGAUGGCGUGGACUGGCACCCGGUCGAGUAUUUCAGCAAGAAGGUUCCCGCCGUGCACUCUAUUGAUGACGCCGACCCCGAGUUUCGCGACAAGUAUGCAAAUUGUUCCUCGCCCAAUCCGGCACCUUCUCACUAUCGGAUCCAGGAGGGAUAUUUGCUUGUCUACUCGCGGGGGAAGGAUCUUCUUUGCGUACCGAGUGACCCUCACUUGCGUACACGGCUUCUUGGCGAGUUCCAGGAUGCUCCCGCCACCGGACAUUUUGGCGUCAAUCGAACGAUUGGCCGACUUCGCGAGCGAUUUUGGUGGCCCGGUCUUCUCGACGACGUCACUCGCUACUGCGAGUCAUGCGAGAUUUGCCGACGUUGCAAAUCCCGCAAUCAUCGUCUGUAUGGCGAGUUGCGACCACUACCGGUUCCCUUGCACCGACGGGAGGCGAUUGCCAUGGAUAUCACUGGGCCAUUCCCCAAGCACAAGACCGGUAUGGAUGGGAUUCUCACGGUAGUCGAUCGACUCACCAAGUUUGCCAUGUUUUUGCCUUGUCGCUAUCAUGCCAAGGCACCAGAGUUGACCGAGGUUCUCUACGCCGGUUGGAUUCGAACCAAGGGUUACCCCAGGGAAAUCGUCUGCGACCGCGACACUCGGUUCAUGUUUGAUUUUUGGUUGGCGCUCACCAAACGAUGGGGCUCAUCUCUCAAGCCUAGUUCAGCUCGCCACCCUCAGACGGAUGGCCAGACGGAGAGGGCGCACCAGACGGCACAGGUUCUCCUUCGCACUCUCAUCCGUCCCGAUCAGAAGGAUUGGGUUGAGCGGCUGCCGGAUGUCGAAUUGGCCUGCAAUUCGUCCAUCCACCCGGCUAUUAGGAUGUCGCCUUUCGAGUUUGAGCAUGACUCUCCGGUCACUUCUCCGUUGGACACCAUCGUUCCACGCACGGCCGAGAGCGACGACCAUCUCCUUUUCUUGCGUCGGAUGCAAGAGCUUCUUGUCAAGGCACGCAAUCAGAUGGCAAAGACGCAGCAACGUAUGAGCCAGCAGGCCAAUCGCCAGCGUCUUCCUUGUCCAUUCCGCGCCGGCAACCUUGUAUGGGUUUCCGCCGCGGAAUUCAACCUUGAGCAGGAUAUCUCUCGCAAGCUCCUCCCGAAAUGGAUGGGGCCAUGGCCGAUUGUAGCACCUGCUGGGGAUGCACCUGAGGGACCUUUCUUCACAGUUCAGGUGCCCGCCCACUUGCCCGUCUACCCGGUUUUUCAUUGCUCCAAGUUCGCGUUGUACACACCUGCAGACCAGGAUGACUUUCCCGGGCGACGAUCGCAAGACCUACCCUCUAUGGACGGCUUUCAGGAGGUCGGUGACAUCAUUUCCCAGCGAUGCUACGGCAACAAGCCGACCGAGUAUCUGGUACACUUUGCGUAUUGCACCCACCGAGCCGACCGCUGGUUGACCCGUGCGGAACUCCAAGCGACAGCUCCAGAUGUUCUCGUACGGUAUGAACGAAAGAUGCAAGGCAAGCCGGUAUCUUCGGCUCCACGCCGCAACCGCGUCCAGGUUCCACCUUCAGAUCGUCGGCUGUGCCCCCGACCCGGCUUGACUUCAUAAGGAGGGGGGGGUGUUACAUGCUGCGCCUGCACAGGAGGGCCAUUUUCCAGGCCCUGCGUCGUUCAGGCUGGAAGCCUGAAUUUC